AAGUCGAACAGUGAUCAAAACGCGUUUAUUUGACAUUUCCUCUUUGAUAAUACGUAAGAAAGUUUUGAAUUGUAACUUUUUAAAAUUAAUGAAAGUCAAUAAAGUACAAUGUCACCACCCAGUGAGUUAAGUUUUGACGAAAUAUUGAAGUUUAUGUUGGCGCACAAUGGCAAGGUUACCAACCAUGAGCUUGUUAAACAUUUUAAAGUAUUUCUCAUGAAUCCCGACAUGAGAGAUGAAGCGAGAAGCACCUUCAAGAAGCACGUGAAUGCGUUAGCGAUAAUAAAGAACCAAAACAAUGAAAAAUGGUUGAUACUUAAAAAGAAAUACAUUCCGAGUAACGGUAAAGAGACAGAGGAGGCCAAUGAGACUAAAAAUGAGUCACUGAGUGUGCCGGUUCCUGAGGUGCCUGAGGAGCCCGAAUCGCCUGCCCCUCAAAGACCACCCUUACCACUACAACUUAAUCAGGACUUUAGCAUACUGACAAAUUUGAUACAAAAUAACACACCUGCAGUAAGUACACAAGAUAUACCGCAGAGUGAAUCUAAAGAAAGUCUCUUGUCAGUACAAAGUGAGGAUACGCCUCCUAAAGUCCACCCUAGGAAGAGAUCAUCUGAUAAACAAUCCAGUAUCAGUCACGGCCAGCGGUCAUCAAUUCCAAAUCAAGAUAUAAGUGAACUGAAUGAAACAAUGUCACCAUUAUCAUCAUCUAAAAGUGAAAGUAUUCUAGUGGAUAAUGAACACAAGAUUUCUGUCAAGGAGAGGAAACAAAUGUUUAACAGAAUGGCAUCGGAGAGUGAUGUUUUGAAAUCAAACAAACUCAGCGGCAGUUUUGGAGCACAAGGGGUUGACGAGGAAGACAGAGUAUCUUUGGAUCAAAAAAGCGAAACGGACCCGUUAGAUUCGAAGCAGAAGCAAUGGAUACUAUGCGCGGCUAGAGGCGAGUACCACGCUCUGGCUAAGAUGUGCAAAGAGAACGCGAAACUUGUCAAGACAAAGGAUCCUUUUACGGGCUACACGGCGAUGCACUGGGCUUGUAAACGUGGUGAUGAAAAUUUGGUCAAACUAUUGGGUGGAGUCGCCCGGCACGUAGUCAACGAACGUUCGAAUGGGGGUUACACACCACUGCACAUUGCAAUGCAAUUUCGACACGAAAACGUCUACAGGCUUUUAGUGGAAGUCUAUGACGCCGACCCCAACAUACGAGACUGGUCGGGACGGAAGCCGAGACAGUAUUUAGUGCACAUGGACACGUCACUAUCUCCGGGCUCGUAUAGAAAGCCCAAUGCUCAUGAUAUGCGUCGAACGGUUACCUCGGCGCCCGUACGGGUCGCGCCACAUACAAUAAACCCGUACUCAAGUAAAGAUAAAAGACAUAGCCUCAACGAAAAAGAAGGAUUCCUACGCAUUGGCUCUCUGAAUGUGCGAGUGAAGAAAACUACGGAGGCGUUUAGUAAUUUCCUUGGUGUUGGUGCGACGAGGUCGUCUGCGUACGUGCCCAAGUCACGUGACAGAGACGAGAGGCGAUCCGACGACGGCGAGCUUCACAAAACCUGGGGCUCGGCUGAUAACAUACAAAAAGAUGACAAAUUGAUGCCGCCUCCGAUGAUCAGUAAAGUUAGACGUCGUGGUGCGAGCGGACGCCGAGGCUUAGGUGCGACCCACAGUAGGAGUACCCCUUCGACUCCCGAUCAGCCAAGAGCUCAGAUUGGCGUGAGCGAAGAAGGUGAUUCAGAUUCAGAUUCCGCAGCCGGGUUCCACGCUGCAUGGCGACAGCAACGCGCCUCGCAUUGUACUUAAUUCUUAUAUACACGGCAUUGGUCCACGAGAGCGACAAACACCAUGCACGUUGAUCGAGCUUUUGUCAGAUCUGAGGCGGAUUGACUGAUAGAUAUACGUAUCUAGAAACACAGGUCAGGUUUUUAUUAUCAUAACUUCGUAAAUAAACAAGAAGCCGUUGAAUGCUAAACAUUAAGCAUAUUUUUGAAGCAUUAUCGAAUUUCCGCUAUACCUAAAAAUAAACAUUAAAACUGGAUAUACGAACAUCAUGAAGUUGGCCACAAGUCACAGUUAAUUUAAUCUUUAUCUUGAUGUACAGUCUUUUAUUCGCUUCAAGUAGAAUGGUCAGCGACGAUUUGAAACCAACUGCAAGCAUUAGGCAAUUUAGUUACUCGACUUGCCCUGAUGUAUUAUUCCGCCAUCAACUUGAACUGCCCGUAUAUUAUAGUCACUCUUAAAAGAAUGACGAUGCUCAAUUAUAUUCCAAAAAAUAAUCAUUCCAAAAAUAAUAUUUCGAUUAGGCAUUCCGUGGCAUUAAAAAGACAUAUCCCCUUAUUCAUAGACGUUUUUUUUCUAAGUUCGGAGUAAUUCUGUAAUAACAAGUCCGUUUCUCAGUGCCCGACGAUACUGAGAAACAGACAUAGGGCCGUUGUGAUUGACUAAUAUUGAGAUACAACAAUAUUAGCCUAUCACAACGGCCCUAUGUCUAUGCACUGCAAAGGCUGCAAUGCCGUCAGUAUUGAAAAACAGACUUGUUAUCACAGCAUUGCUCCGUCCUUAGAUAAAAAAACGUCUAUAUGGGGGAUAAUAUAUUACUUUAUCGUAAUUGACGGUAUUUUGAGUGAUUUUUCACACAGGUUCGUUCGCGUCCACUCGUUAGGGUCCACUUGCGUUCCUUCGUUAUGUCUGUGCCUAACAUUAAAAAACGACAUUUAUGAGGGUGAAAGAUGUUUUACCAAGUCCAAAUGAAUAAACGUAAUUUUACACCUUACGACUUAUUUCAUAAGAUCUAAUUUGAAAAUUUAUAAUUGAUAUUUUUAUAUAUAACAUUUUUAAAUUACACGUUUAUCGAUAAAGUUAUCGAACUUUAUAUAACAGGUAUUAUUGUAUGCUAAAACCGCUUAUUGGUAAACGCAGUUACUUAGAAACAACAAAUAAGUUUGACUAUUAUUAAAUGUUUGUAAUACAUACAUAUUGGAUGCUGUAUUUCACGUUUAUAGAAUUUAUCUAAACCGUAAACAAAUGUUAUGUAACAUGUUUUAGAACUAUUAUUAUGAAUGGCAUUCCAUAUUGAACACCAGACAAAAUUUAAUAUAUAUAAUAUAUCAGUUUGUUUACAUUUAUGACAAAUUUAUUAAAAUUAUAAAAUAGAUUGUAAUUGAAAUAUGUUGUUGUACAGUAAGUGAUCGUAUGAAGAUAUAUCUUGUAAGGUCAUUUCCCACACUAACUACUCGCAAAUUGUCGUUUUUACUGACCUUUACAGUGAAUACAUAACCUGACAAAAACACCAAUGAAGAAUACUAGAUGUUCGCUGCAACAUAGAUUUACUAUCGAUAUCGAAUCAGUCGAUGUUUUCUUUGCUUUUCUAUCGAUUACAAAACGAUUUUUCUUUAAUUAUUAAGUUGACGAUGAAUUUAAUUUUUAUCUUCAAGUAUUAAAUCACUUUAUGUUAAGCUUUAUUUGUUUUAAACUAUCAUUAAGUAUAUUUUUGUUCUUUUAGUACUUGCGUUAUACUAUUUUUAAUCUAUUGAAAAUAUAAGAAUAAAUUGCACGUAUGAACAAUGAAUUUUGUUGACUAAUUAAUUUAUAAGCUAUUGUUUUUAAUAUCAUGAGACACUACUUUAGUUAUAUAGGUGGACUUUUUAGAUGCGACAGCAAAGGCAAAAUUCACCAUGUAUAGCAUUACGCGAAGGUUGAGUAUGGAAUAGUUUUAUAUUUCUUAUAUAUAAUAGGUCUUUACCUAAACCUAGACCAUAUUCAUGAGAUUAAAAUAUCGCAUCAAUGAAAAUAAAUCUUAGAUGUAAAUUGUUAUGUAUACCCUAAUUUUCAUAAAUAACUCAUAUUGUCCAUAUUUCCAUGUGGUAUGAAUGAUUUUACAAUAUAUGUGUCUCAAACUUAUUAAAAGAUACUCCUUUCCUGUGACUAUUGGAUAAGCGCUUUAGGACAAAUAAAUUUUGCGGCGAUGUUUUAUGGUAAACUUAUACGGAAAAGUAUCCGAACCUUAUUUUGUUGAGUAAAAAUUAAAUAAUGUACAAAGUCUGAAAAUAAUCUUGAUAUGUUUACAAAUAUAAAACAUAGUUAUAUUUUUGUGAAGGAACAAGUCUAAAUAAAAUAGUUAAUAUAAUUAAAAGCAAGAAAUCUCCUAAAGUUAAAUAAUUUGUAUGUUAUUAAUUUUCAAAUGAUCCUUCGAGCCAGAUUUACAACGUAAGAUGGUAGGGAUAGAGAAAAUAUAAACAGCAUAAUUUUGUUAAAUGCAUAUGUACUUAAACUUUCUUUUGGGGCAUGUAUAACCAAGUUUUACCGUCUACCAAUUUCUAUAUUCAUAGUUUGUAACAAUAUUAAAAAAUAGUGUAUCGUAGCGCACCUACUUUUCAUAAACUUUGGAAAUGUUUACGUAUUUUUAAAAUUUAUACAUGUAAUAAAAAUUAUUUUCAAUUCUUAAUUGAAUGGCCAAAUUGAAAUAACAUACAGUGGCUCUAAAUGUAAAUAUAGUCAAAAAUAUUGUUUUUACGCUUUGUAAAUAUUUUUCCCUAGCGCUUAUGCCAUGCAAUUUGUAAUGUAAUAAUGACAUUUAUUUAAUUAUAUCAGUAUUGAAUGAAAUUGCUCUUCAUAGUGCCUUAUUAUAAGUGAUGGAUCAAGCUAAUUUUAAGUUUAUUACCAUAAGCAUUACAGAUAAACUUGUGUUUAGUGUUUUAAUAUGACAUUUCAUAAACAUUUCGUAUUAAGAGUAUAAUUUAGUUUUGCUUUUGCGCAUAUAGGCGUGUAGGAGCAAUAACUUAUUCUAUUAAGUUUAAUAAAAAUCGCGAUACAAGUUAAUGUGCGAUACCUAACAAAUGCCAGAAUCCGUUAAGUAUUUAAUUCAGGAGGCCUUGGUGAAGUUUUAUUCUACAAUUGUAACAAAUUUACCCGUUUUUUUAUCAAAAUUUCGAUGUAUCCACCGGCAGAGCAUUAGUAGAGAUAAACGAAAGGUUGGUUUCUGCUGGCUUCAAUAAGGAGUAAAUAACUA